AUGGCGAUAACAUCUCCCACAUCCCAUUUUGCCCCUCUCAUUGUAGCAUAUUUAGUUCUCUGCACCUCCCCCACCAUUUCAGCAAUCAAUAUCACAGCCAUACUUUCGUCAUUCCCAGAACUAUCUUCCUUCUCAGCCCUCAUCUCCACCGCACCCUCCGUCGCCUCCAAUCUAUCCAGCCGCACUUCUUUCACCCUCCUUGCCGUACCCAACUCUUACCUUGCUGCCUCUGCGGAGUUCACGCGCCACCUCUCUCCAUCAUCUCUAGCGGACCUCCUCUGCUACCAUGUACUCCUUCAAUUCCUCUCUUGGUCCGACCUCCAUCAAAUCCCACCAUCGGGAAGUCUCAUCACCACUCUCUUCCAUACCACCGGACGUGCCUCGUCUAAUUUCGGCUCCGUCAACAUCACCCAUAAUCCAUCCAUGAAUACCAUCACAGUACACUCUCCUACAGCCUUCUCACCCUCAAACGCCACCGUUUUGUCUCUGGUCAAAACCCUUCCUUACAACAUCACAAUCUUCUCCAUCAAUUCCCUUCUCAUCCCAUGCGGCUUUGAUCUAAUGACAUCUGAGACAAGUCCCUUUCUUGGCCUCGACAUUAUCAAGGCCUUAAUCGAUGGUCAUGACUUCAAUAUUGUAGCGUCGAUGCUGUCAGCCUCUGGCGUAGUCGAUGAAUUGGAGGCGGACGAGGUUGGUGCUGGAAUAACUUUGUUCAUGCCAACUGACGCUGCAUUCUCAAAUCUGCCGAGUUCAGUUAAUUUACAGUCUCUGCCUGCAGAGACGAAAGCAAUGGUGUUGAGAUUUCACGUAUUGCAUUCGUAUUAUCCAUUAAGCUCGCUUGAAUCAAUAGUGAACCCGCAACAACCCACACUGGCAACAGAGGCAGUGGGGGCUGGGAGUUACACGCUCAACAUUUCAAGCGUAAAUGGAUCUAUGACAAUCAAUACAGGAAUCGUGCAGGGAUCAGUAGUGACACAGACUGUUUCUGAUCAAAAACCAGUUGCCAUUUUUGGGGUCUCGCAAGUUCUGUUGCCAACCGAGAUUUUCGGGAAGAAUCCCAUGGUGAUGACGAAGCCGAUAAAUAUCGCUCAGCCUCGAGAGAUAUCAUCGUCUUCGUGUCUUGUUCACUUGUUAUUUUAUGCAAAUAUUUUGGUAAUCUUUUUAGUGAUUAACAAUAAGGUAGAAAUGUCUAGAAAAAAAUCAAUGGCACAAAACCAAAAUGCUGAGGGAUCCACUAUCCACACCGAAGAUGAUGACUUGACCCCUGGUGGUUUGAAUAACCCAGGUGGUGUAGCCUCUCCUAAUGGAGGUGUGCCGGUGACUGCUCUUAUUGGAGGUGUGGCUGCUCCUAACGAAGGCGAGCCUAAGACUGCUCCUGUUGAGCUUGCUACUCUAGCUUAUGCUGAUGGGAGGAUUGUGGCUCCUCUGGCUGGCCGUGUAAUGGUUCUUAUCGAAAAGCGAGAAAAGUUUACCGGCAAGGAUUUCAAGAGGAACUAUAUCCUAAAUGGAUUAGUCGAUGACUUGUACAAUGUGUACUCCAACAUCCCUUCAGCCAAAGAGCUUCGGGACUCUCUUGAAAAGAAGUACAAAAUCGAGGAUGCCGAUACUAAGAAAUUUGUAGUGGCCAAAUUUCUUGACUUCCAUAUGGUGGAUGACAAGUCUGUCGUCACCCAAAUUGAAGAGUUCCAGAUCAUCGUGCAUGAUAUACUGGCUGAGGGAAUGUUAAUGUGUGAGCCACUCCAAGUGGUGGCAGUCAUCGAGAAGCUAUGUAACACCCCAUCCUAA